AUGCCUCAUCUCAACAGGUCCCUCAGCUCGCCGAGCUUGCGAGAUCCCUCCAAGUCGGUCUUGGAUGAGCUUUCCUCCCGAAGCAUCCAUUCAAUGUCUCAUUCGAGAUCUCCUUCCUCCCGCUCCUCCUAUAUCCGAAGCUUCUCUGCCCGCCGGCCUCGCCCUUCCAUCGCGUCAAUAGCAGACAUUUUUGUCAGUUCGCUUGUCCUGGCAGGGUUCUGCCACGAGCACUCACCCAGGGGCCGUGGCUUGUCUACAUUAGCUUUCCGGGCUUCAGAAACUAAUGCUCGGAGACCCAGGAGGAGGGAUGGAGCAAUUCAUGAGAAAUCAGCAGUCCAGAGACACUGGCAGUUUCCCGGAUUGUCUGUUCAACAAUCGCAACCUCGAUCAUGGUUCAGUCAAGGUCUGGCGCAAGUGGAACAUUUCAAUCUGGAGAAACAAGAUUUGGAACCCGGAAUAGAACAAAGGCUGAAUGAAAGUGAUGGAGAUUUACUGCCCCGAUUACCAGAGGUCCUGGAUCAACCUUCUCAGGACCACUUUUUCGACACAAUACCUGCCGGUUACCGAUUGGUAAUCUCCUCACCCAGAGCCUUGAUUUGCUUCAUACCUAAAGAGUUAACGCCAAGUGAGCGAAAACGACUUAGAGCUGCUGCAUUUUACCAGCGGUUAUUGGGGGAUACGUAUUGGGAAUUGGCAUUGGAUGCUGUGAUGCCCCAAGACUUAGAAGUACGCCCUCGCAGGAGAGAGAAGACGCGCGAUCAGACUGAAAUCGAGUCCGUUGCAGCACUUGUUGAAGCCCUGAGGGGGGGCAACCGGGGCACGCAAUAUCUUUUCAACUUAUACAGAGACAUCCCAGAGCCUGGUGUUGCCUAUUUGUCGAGAUACAAUCGUGAUAAACUGUUGUCUGUAUUUGCCGCCUCUCCCAAUCGACGUUGGGUGGAUUCCCGUCGCUACCUUGCGUUGGUUGAAGAUAUGAUCCAGGCGAAUUUUCCAAUGUCGCUUCAAAUGUGGACAAGUGCAAUUUACAUGUCUGGCCGGAGCCACCACGGGAAACUAUCAAGACGACGUAUGGUGCGGGCAAUCGGAAUAUGGCAGAAGAUGGAGCAUCAGGCUGGAAUUCGUGCAGAUGAUGUUGUAUUCAAUAUCUUGUUUGACAUUGCCAUUAAAGCCAAUCAUUAUACCGUGGCAGAUCGUCUAGAGGAAGAAAUGCAAAGACGAGGAGUCAAAUUUUCCCGGUCGGGGCUUGUUUCCAAAAUCUACUCUUGUGGAAUGCGACAUGAUUUGACGGGAAUUCGUGAGAAUUUCGAAAAAUUUGUCCAACAAGGACAGUUGGUUGACACUGUGGUAUUGAAUUGUCUCAUGGCAGCUUUCCUUCGAGCCGGUGACAAGGAGACUGCGGAGCAGUUGUAUGCGCGAAUGAUUAAAGCACAGGUUGAACAAAAUAAGUCUCGAAAAAAGUCUUCCUCGGGUGAAAGUCCGCCUACAAAUCACAAGGCUCGUCUGUCGCCAGAGUUCACACACUACCGAUCAAAGAACAGAGAAAUCGGCCGCCUUCUCAAAAUGUCUAGUCGCCUCCGAGAAAGUUUGCCUGACUGCCACAAAGCUCUUCAGGAGUCCCUUCCUAUGACACCCGACUCGCGGACCUUUUAUAUCUGGUUGCAACAGUGCGCUCUCACUGGUGACCUUGAAAUGUUUAUGAAUGUUCUAAGGGACAUGGAACAAACGUUCGAGAUUCCGCCACGUCAUCUCGUCUACAUGCUUCUUUUCCAAGGCUUCAGUCUUCAUGGGCGCCACAGGAAAAGAAGUUGGGAUUCAGAAAAGGGACGGUGGAAAUAUGAAAACCAACAAUGGACGGAAAAGAAGCUUCGACUGACUUGGAUCUCUUUUCUAUCCGCUGUACGAGACUCCAGGGCGAGACAAGAUGGGCAGCCCCGCAAAUAUCCUAUCAGUUGGGAAAACCCUUUGAGAGAUCUGGACACUGAGUAUAAACUCGCAGCCUCUCAACCCUCAACCGAUCCUCAUGAGCUUUACAUGAACCUGCCAAUUAAAGACCCGAAAUCCUCGCUCCCCACACCCAAAGAGAAGUCUCAAAUUCGUCAGCCCAGCAGUGUGGGUGACGAAGAUGCACUCGAUCAAGAAGAAGAAGAUGAAGAAGAUGAAGAUGAAGAAGAAGAAGACAUUGCGGAUGUUAACUUGGAUCCGGAGGGAAUAUUUUUGUCAUCCAGACUCAAUGGGAGUGAUGGUAUCGAUAAAACCGAGCCCGACGGCCAGACUCUCAACUAUAUCUCCAGUCGACUUGAGAAUGGGGUUUUUGUCGGUCGUGCUAUAGUCAUUAAUAUCCUCAAGGCCUUUGGUGCUUGCAGCGGACCCGAUGAAGUCCUUGAGGCUUGGAUGCAACUGGAGGGUUUCUGGCCACAUCAGAAGCGUAAAGCAACUGACAUGCUUGCUGUGAAUGCGGUGCUUCAGGAUGCUUUAGAGCGGGGGGCAUCUAAACCUGGCCAGAAAGAGAAGACAGACUUGAAAGGAGAGGGAGAAGAGGUUAAAGAGAGAGAAGAUGUUACUAAAGAGUGA